AUGUCUACAGAGGAUAAGAUUUCCCCAAUCAGCGCUCGUGUCCCGGAAGCGGACUGUGCAAGUGAUGUCCUCAAACCUGGAGCCAAUGUUGGCGAUAUUAUCCAGUCCAAGGGCGUCACCCGCAUGGAAGCUGUAUAUCGAGAGACCAAGUCAAAUCGAAAAUUAUUCUGGCUUGUGGGAGCUUCCGUUCUUAUCUGUGCCUGGGCUUACUCGCUCGAUUCAUCUACGACAUCUUACUACAGCGUCGAUGCCUCAUCUUACUUCAAACAGCACAGCUCUGUCUUGGCCACCCUGUCAAUUGCUACCAGCAUCAUAAGCGCCGUUUCUAAACCCUUUAUUGCAAAAAUCUCUGAUAUUACGUCCCGUCCAUACACAUAUCUUUUAAUACUCGGAUUUUAUAUCAUUGGCUAUAUAAUCGCCGCCACAUCCAAGACAGUUUCCGCUUAUGUUGUUGGAGAGGUUUUUGUUGCAAUUGGUGGUUCCGGCAUUGAUCUCACCAAUGAUAUUAUUGUUGCUGAUUUAACGCCCCUUGAGUGGCGCGGCUUUGCCAGCUCUAUGCUCUCUACCCCGUUUAUCAUCAAUACUUGGUUUUCAGGCAAGAUUGUCAACGCGUUGGAGAAGCGUGAUCAAUGGCGUUGGGGAUAUGGCAUGUUCGCCAUAAUCAUGCCGGUUGCCCUGGGCCCUGCGGUUGCAGCGCUGAUUUGGCUUGAUCGGAUGGCUAAGAAAAAGGGAAUUGCCAAUAUCGCGUCCAGCAACGCUGCACGCCGCACUUGGACUCAUUCAUUGAGGACAAAUCUCGAAGAAAUUGAUGCAUUUGGUCUGAUUCUUCUUGGCUUUGGGUGGUCACUACUCCUACUACCAUUUUCGCUCAAGACUUAUGCUGAACAUGGGUGGCGCAACCAAUCACUCAUCGCCAUGAUGAUUCUGGGUGGUCUUUUUCUGAUUGCAUAUGUUGUCUUUGAGAUGAAGUUUGCUCGUGUUCCUAGUGCACCGCGUCGACUUGUCUUCAACAAGACAUUUAUAAUGGCAAUUAUCAUCGAUUCCUUUUACAUGCUGGCCGGAAACAUUCGCAGUCUCUACUGGAGUUCAUACGUCUAUGUCGCAAAGCCAUGGAGCUACCAAGAUUGGGUCUAUUACGGCAACACCUUGACAUUGGCACUGUGCAUUACUGGCCCGUUUGUUGGCCUGGCCCAGCGCUGGACCCAUCGCUAUAAAUUGAUUCAGAUUGUGGGUCUUGGCAUCAAGAUCAUCGGCAUCGGCAUCAUGUUGGAUGGGCGUGUUGCAGCUAUCAGUACGGGCGCGCUUGUCAUGUCGAGCAUUCUUGUUGGUAUUGGUGGCUCGAUGUCUGUUGUAGGAUCUCGAGUGGCCUCUCAAGCUUCCGUCCCUCACCAAGAUGUUGCUCUCGCCGUGUCGUUGCUUUCUCUGUGGUCAAAGAUUGGCAGUGCUAUUGGUUCUGCUAUCGUCGCCGUCAUUUGGUCCAAUCAGAUGCCCAAGCAGCUCCGAGAAUAUCUGCCUGCCGGUACCUCUGAAGCAACUGUGAAAAAGCUAUUCGGCGAUAUGCGUUCUCUGCGCACUGCAUAUGACUUUGACGACCCCAUCCGACAAGGCGCUAUUACAGCUUAUCGCCAUGCCCUGUAUUACUGCAUUACAGUGGCACUAGCAUUGGCUUUUAUCCCUCUUGUAGCGGCUUUCUUUCAGACCAACUACUUUCUGGGCAAGCAACAAAAUGCCGUUACGGACGUGGGAAAUGAUGGUCUGCCGUUAGACGAGAGAGAUCGGAAUCCAGACCCUUUACCGCCGCCUGGCAAUAAGAAGGAAGCGUUCCUACGUUUUUGGGCUGGCAGCACUUGA